CCUAAUUCGUAAUUCCUAUAAGAAUUUCCUCUUUAACAAAAAGAUAAUCCGAAAGGUAAGACAAAAAAGAACCCCUUUUUGAGCAAAUUCCCAAUUUGAAGAGAGCAAAUCCCCAAUUUGAAGAUAAAACCAAAUUUCUGCAAUUUAAAAACACCAUCUCAGCGGAGAAAACAGGGGUUCUCCUCCUCCUUCGCGAAUGGGCCAAUCGUCUUCCACCUCGAGGCCCGUAUCCUUCAAGCCCGCCGCGGUUAUUUCCCCGUCGGUGUCCGAAUCGGAGCCCCGCCGUAGCCCUGCCGGACUUGAGCCCGAUUCGGGCGAUGUUGGAUACGAUUACACGUUGAAUCUGCCGGACGAAUGCUUGGCCUGCAUUUUCCACUCGCUCUCCGCCGCCGACCGGAAGCGGUCUUCCCUGGUUUGCCGCCGAUGGUUGACGAUCGACGGGCAGAGCCGCCACCGCCUCUCGCUCAACGCGCAGUCGCAGCUCGCCUCCGCCGUCCCUAAAUUGUUCUCCCGCUUCGAUGCGGUGACCAAGCUGGGCUUAAAAUGCGACCGCAGAUCUGUCAGCAUCGGCGACGAUGCCCUAAUUCAGAUCUCCCUCAAGUGCAGGAACCUCACCAGAUUGAAGCUCCGCGCCUGCCGCGAGCUCACCGACCUAGGCAUGGCGGUCCUGGCCGAAAAUUGCAGGAGCCUCCAGAAAUUCUCAUGUGGGUCGUGCAGCUUCGGUCCUAAAGGGAUGAACGCCCUCCUCGAAAACUGUGCUCUUCUCGAAGAACUGUCGGUGAAGAGGCUGCGUGGCAUUACCGAUGGGGCUGCACCUGAGCCAAUCGGGCCGGGAAAAGCUGCUGCAUCUUUGAAAGUGAUCUGCCUGAAGGAUAUUUACAACGGGCAGUGUUUCGGGCCGUUGAUUUCCGAGGCGAAGAAUUUGAGGAGCUUGAAGCUGUUUAGGUGUUCUGGUGAUUGGGAUAAACUUCUCGAACUCGUCUCUGUUAGGAUUGACUCACUCGUGGAGGUUCAUUUGGAGAGGAUUCAGGUUAGUGAUAUCGGCCUCUCAGCUAUUUCACACUGCCCUAAUCUUGAAAUACUGCAUUUGGUGAAAACACCCGAGUGUACGAAUCUUGGACUUACAGCAGUGGCCGAAAAAUGUAAAUUGCUUAGGAAGCUCCAUAUCGAUGGAUGGAAAACGAAUCGAAUAAGCGACGAUGGGUUAAUUGCCGUUGCUAAUAACUGCCCUAAUCUUCAAGAAUUGGUUUUAAUCGGUGUGAACCCUACACAUUUGAGCCUCGACAAAUUAGCAACAAACUGUCAGAAUCUAGAAAGAUUAGCGUUGUGCGGUAGUGAAACCGUGGGUGAUGCCGAAAUUUCGUGCAUAGCUGCGAAAUGUAUUGCGUUGAAGAAGCUGUGCAUAAAGAGUUGCCCCGUUUCAAAUCAUGGCAUGGAAGCAUUGGCUGGUGGUUGCCCUAAUUUGGUGAAGGUUAAGGUUAAAAAGUGUAGGGGGGUGACAUCAGAAGGGGCGGACUCUUUGAGGGCAAGUAGGGAUUCGAUUGCGGUGAAUUUGGAUGCAAUUGAGCCUGAAUUACCGAAUGCUGAGAUUAAUAAUGAACAGGAAAAUGGUGGUGCUAAUAAUAAUCGAGCGAUGGUUGGUGGCAGAAUUAGAGAUGGUAAUGUUGCACCGAGCAGUAGCACGAUGAGGUCAUCUUCGUUUAAGAUGAGGUUAGCGUCUUUUUCGGGAAGGAGUUUGGUGGCGUGCACCUUUAGGAGGUGGCCGAGUCUUGGAACUAGGUUCCGGAACAAUCCGGAAAGAAGGUACUCGGAUUAGUAGUGAAGAAAGACUGUAAGGUGUGCUGGUUCUUUAUUGUCUGUUAUAUGUGCUGUUCAUUUAUGAAGUGAAUAUAUGGGGAUUUGGGAUUGGUGAGUUCGAGUCGAAUAGAAACAAGAAAUGAUAUUAUGUUGUAUCUUGUUUUUUUCAAGUAUAAAUCUCCUCUUGUGGAUAUACUCUGCAAAUUUGUAAGCAAUUAUUGCAGGAUUCUGUUAUCUGCUCUGCUGUUAUUUUCCGCCAUAAUCGCAACUGUAAAAUUUAUUCUUCGUUUUUUUCUACGGAGAGUAAUUGUGGCUCUUAUCUGCUCAA